CGUAGUUAUGCAGGGGGCUCCUCUUUUCAAUGAACAUUUUAAUAUGAAGUUACCCACAAUGCACUUGAAAAUGAAUGAAGGAAAGUUUCCAGGUUGUGCAGCGUCAAAAUGGUUUGGAUUUGCAGCUUAGAAAAUGUAGGUCAAGAACAAAAAAAAGAACAUGGAGAUGUUAUCAGGGCUGAGUUUUGUUUUCUCUAAGAUGCUGCUGGGACAUGUCUGCGUGUUGUGCAUGCUUCUUUUUGGAGGAUAAACGAGAUUUCAGUAGAUUUUUAUUCAAAAUGUUAAACUACAGUGAAAUAAAAAAUUUUUUUUACGAAAAUAAAACAAAUCACUUUAGUUGAAAUGUAUUCUUUUUUUCCAUUUGUUUUAUAUGUUGCCCAGUAUUUGGUGCGCUCUACUUUUCCACGCGCGGGCCAGGAAGCGGUGUUUGGCUGCACCUUGCCCCGGAGGUGAUACUCCCUUCUAGAUUAGACACCUUUGACCUCCAGCUCUGUCAGGACUAAUCUAGCAGCGCGUCUAAAUCCACGCGCAGCGGCCGGUGCGUCGUCACAUGACCAGCGCGCGCGCACCGCUCAGCCCGCCUGAAGACUGUUUUGGCUUUUAUUUCCGCGUUCAGACGCAGCCGGAUGACUGCUCCCUCCGCCGCUCUGCGUCUGCUGCUCCUGCGUCGUCGCGCGGGGAGCCGUCCUCAACCGCCUCGCGCCCACGCCGCUGCGGCCACACCAUGCUGACGCGCGUGAAAUCGGCGGUGGUGAAUUUCAUGGGCGGCGUGAUGGCCGGCGGGUCCGGCGGUGACCAUCCCGGCUUGGAUCUGCCGCUGAAAUUCCCGUACAGCCGGCCGGAGUUCCUGGGACUCUCGGCGGAUGAGAUCGAGUGCUCGGCGGACCACAUCGCGCGGCCGAUCCUCAUCCUGAAGGAGACGCGGCGGCUGCCGUGGGCCACCGGCUAUGCGGAGGUAAUAAAUGCAGGAAAGAGCAUACUAAACGAGGACCAGGCCUGCUGUGAAGUGCUGGUGGUCAAGAAGAAACCUCCAGGGAGCUCGGCGCCCAACCGACUCGGUAUGACACGGAGGAGAUCUUCACUGCCAAACGGAGAGGACCUGAACCUGCGGGACAAUCUGGAUGGCUCUGAAGAUCUCACCUUUCACUACUGGGCAUUGUUCGAUGGCCACGCUGGCUCCGGGGCAGCCGUCGUCGCCUCCCGCCUCCUCCAUCACCACAUCGCCCUGCACCUCCAAGAGGUAAUGGAGAUCCUCUGCACACCCAACCUGCCGCCGCCAACUUGCCUGGAGGAGGAGCCCGUCAAUCAUCUCCUCGCCACCACAUCCAACCGUGCCCUCACCAGGGCCGCUUCGCUUCGGGGGGCCGCCGGCGCUCCGGGUUCCCCCAACACCCCGCCCACACGCUUUUUCACCGAGAAGAAAGUCUCCCAUGAGAGUUUGGUGAUUGGAGCCAUUGAGAACGCCUUCAAAGACAUGGACGUGCAGAUCGAAAAGGACAAGGCCACAUACGACAUCUCGGGCGGCUGCACGGCGCUGAUGGUUUUGUUCUUGCAAGGGAAUCUGUACGUGGGGAACGCCGGCGACAGCAGAGCUAUCAUUAUCCGGGCGGGGGAAGUCAUUCCCGUGUCGGCAGAGUUCACACCGGAGUCAGAGAGGCAGCGGCUGCAGUUUCUAGCCUACAUGCAGCCCCACUUAUUAGGGAAUGAGUUUACACAUCUGGAGUUUCCAAGGAGAGUGCAGAGGAAGGAAGUUGGGAAGAAGAUGCUGUACCGGGACUUCACCAUGUCGGGAUGGGCAUACAAAACCAUAGAGGAGGACGACCUGAAGUUUCCCUUGAUCUACGGCGAAGGGAAGAAGGCUCGUGUGCUGGCAACCAUCGGGGUCACGAGAGGUCUCGGGGACCACAACCUGAAAGUCCACGACUCCAACAUUUACAUCAAGCCCUUCCUAUCCUGCUGCCCAGAGGUUAAAGUUUACCCCUUAUCGCAGUGGGAGCACAGGGCUGAUGACGUUCUGGUGAUGGGAACCGACGGCCUUUGGGAUGUCCUCUCCAACCAGGAAGUGUCUGAAGCGGUCACGAGUUUCCUGGCGAACUGUGACGAGGAUGAUCAGCACAGGUACACUAUGGCAGCUCAGGACCUCAUCAUGAGAGCUCGAGGGGUGCUGAAGGAUCGAGGCUGGAGGAUUUCCAACGACAGAUUAGGAUCCGGAGACGACAUCUCCGUCUUCAUAAUCCCCCUCAUGUACGGAAACAAGCAAAACUAGCCAAGCAAAGACAACCUCUCAGCUGUUUUUCCCGUCCAUUUUUCUUUUAAAGAUUUCCCAGAAUUGUCCAAGAAAUGUCCGGUCGUGAGUGGGAUUCCUGUCCGAGUGUCUCUAUUGUCGGUUUGUUCUCUGAUACAAAGAGCUGUCAAAGACUUGAACUUUUUACAUCCUCGAUGGAGUCACGUGUGUCCGGGCAAAAGGAGGAUCUUGGAUUUGCACAUAUGCUGUGGUAGCGUACAUCUGAGGAUUACUGUUACUAAUGCACAAUACUUGUAAAUGUGAAAUGUAAAUACGUGCACAAAACAUUUGGUAAAUGUCACUGAAUGUGUACAGUGUGUAGAAAACAAAAAAAGAAAGCAGCAUCUGCAAUUGUAAUCAAUGUCGUUGAGGAACCACUAACAGAUGACGCAAAUAGAUGCAGUCUUUGAGAUUUUUGUAGCUACUAAACACAUCUCCUGCUUUAAAUAUAGUGCUACCUUUUGCUUUCAAAUGUUUUUGUUUUUGAAGAACUAAAAUUUUGAUUACCCAGAAUGCUCAAAUCUUAGAGCAGAUUAUUUUUUUUUCGACACAUUUUUUUUCAGAAUUUCUUUCUGAUUCUGUCUUUGAGUUCCAAAAACACCCAAACAUCCUCAGAGCGUCUCCUUCUGUGUCAUCUAACUGUGCCAUCCAAAGAUCUAACCCCCAAAACAGUAGAAAUUCAUCCUAAAGAUAAGAGGUGCCUCUAUGAAUAAGAAUCCCUAUUAUUAAUAAAGUGCAAAAAGAUCCUAUCUAAAAAUUUCUUUAUAUUAUCAUGUUAAUUUCUGUCUGUAAAAGUUGCUGAUGUAGGUAAAUGUGGGACUGAAAACAGUUUUUUUCUUUGUAAGUUAUGUAGAUCUUUCCAAAAUCGAUACGAUUUGUACGGUUUUAAAAACCAAGAAAAUUGGAGAAAU